AUGGUGAAACUCACGGACGAAAGCAGGGCGUUCCACUACGGAGUAUACACAAUAGUGAGCCAAAUACCAGAAGGAAAAGUUACAACGUACGGUACGUCAGCCCCAGCAAACAUCCCCAUCCCCAGCGCAACCAACCAACUAACGAAACUUCACCUUCUUGUGCCCUUCCCCAUCCGAGUUAUAGGCCACAUAGCAUACCUACUAGACAAACCAGCAAACUCAAGACAAGUAGGGACAUCACUUAAGCACUACCACGCGAUAUUCCGCGAUUUGAACCAAGGGUACGCGCCGCAAGAUGAAGAGUUUUUAAACGUGGACACAUUACCUUGGUGGCGAGUCAUUCUGAGUUCGGGCAAGAUUUCACCGCGCGAGGAUUCUCAUGGCCAAUACCGACAAGCUGACUUCUUACGGCGUGAAGGUGUCGAUGUUAGUCCUGCGCAUUUGAUCGACACUGGUGAGUUUGGAUGGUUCCCUGAGGAGGUUGACCUCUGA